ACGUCUGCUGUGACCAUGUCUGACAACGAGGAAGUGGACCAGAUGGACGCCCAGGAGGAGGUAGUAGAAGUAGAAGUAGCCCCUGAGGCGGAGGUAGAAGCAGAGCCAGAGGUAGAGCCUGAACCCGAACCCGAACCAGAGCCAGAGCCAGAGCCACAGAAGGUGGUACAGCAGGUGUUUCGUGAGGAAGAAGAGGCCUAUGAAGAGGAAGGGGAGGAGGGAGACCAAGAUGAGGAGAAGCCGAAGUUCAAACCAUCUGCCCCGAAGAUCCCCGAUGGUGAGAAGGUGGAUUUUGAUGACAUCCAGAAGAAACGCCAGAACAAAGACCUGUACGAGCUGCAGUCGCUGAUCGACGCCCACUUUGAGUGCAGGAAAAAGGAGGAGGAGGAGCUCAUCGCCCUCAAGGAGAGAAUUGAGAAGCGUCGCGCUGAGCGAGCCGAGCAGCAGAGGAUUCGAGCGGAGCAGGACAAGGAGCGUCAGGCCAGACGGGAGGCUGAGCGCAUGAGGAAAGAGGAGGCAGACGCUCACAGGAAGGCGGAGGACGAGGCCAAGAAGAAGAUCGCUCUGACCAACAUGGGCUCUGGCUACAGCAGCCUGCAGAGGAUCGAGCACAAGAGAGGCAAGAAGCAGACUGAACGCGAGAAGAAGAAGAAGGUUCUGGCCGAGAGGUGCAAGCCGCUGAACCUCGACGGCCUGAGCGACGACACGCUGAGGGAAAAGGCGAAGGAGAUGUGGGAGUGGCUGCAUAACCUCGAGGUCAUCAAGUACGACCACUGUGAGAAGCUCAAGAGACAGAGAUACGAGGUCAUCUCUCUCCGGAACCGCAUCGAUGAGCUUCAGAAACAUAGCAAGAAAGGAGCCGCCAGCCGCCGCAGGAAGUGAGCGCCUCAGCGGCAGCUCGCACCCGGAGACGGAGCCGCAGGAUGACUCAGCCAAUCAAACGCCUGGAUUCCUUCAGCCUGUUGGUGUGAAUGUAGCUAAACCAGAGCUUCCUAAUAAACGGAAUCAAGAUACAUGUAGUAAAUAUAAA